AGAGGAAAUCGCGUGCGCGCGCGAGUGCGCCACCUUCGGUGUCGCGCCUGUCGAAAUUUCCAGAAUGCGCGAGAAUGCUCCACGGGCCGUCACGCUAGACUCCAGGGACACUUCGCUUCACGGCCCGCGCGGCGACGGCACAGGUCCCGAGACUCGCGGGCGGAUAUCGGAGCGGCGUUAGUCGGCAUUGUUGACUCGGACAGCUGCUCCCGUCGCACGAUAAGCCGCCCCGCGCAGCGUCGCCCCGAGACGAGGACGCGGCGACGUUCCACGGAGACGUUGACGCGAGCGAGAGAGACGCGACGCCCCCGACGUCGAGCCCGGAGCGCGCUUUUCCCCGGCAGCCGCGGCCCGCUGGACGACGACUCCUGCGUUACGAGGCGCACGCUCGGCUCACCGCCCUCGGCACCGCCGGUCUGACACUCGUCUCGAGCUCGCCCAGGUUUUGUGCCUCCUCGACCCGCGACAGCAUGGCGAAAUGGGGCCAGGGCGAUCCGCGCUGGAUCGUGGAGGAGAGACCGGACGCGACCAAUGUUAACAACUGGCACUGGACGGAGAAGAACGCCUGUGCGUGGUCGCAAGACAAGCUGAAAGAGCUGUUUGUUAAUUCCACGAUCGAGGGAGAGGGAGCGCUGUGUAAAAUAACGGAAAUGGAAAAGUGUGAGGGCGAGGCGAUAGCGAAUAAUAGAAAAGGGAAACUUAUUGUCUUCUACGAAUGGAAUAUCGUCCUUAAGUGGGUACUGGAUGAGAAAUCUGGUGACAACGUUGAGGGUAAAAUUAAUAUUCCCAAUCUCUCUGAAGAAAAUGACAUCAGCGAGGUAGAUAUUGAAAUUACGUUAAAAGAUAGCACGGAUCAAGGGGAGAGAGUAAAACAAUUCUUACAUACCAAGGGGAAGGAUACGAUAAGAGAAAAGCUAAAGAAAUACGUGUCUUCCCUGAAAGAAGAAUUUACGAAAGGAAUGAUACUGCCCAAGAAAGAUAACGUAAAGGAAAAUAUUUCAAAUAUAACAUCUGGUUUCGAUGUCAAGAUGAAAAUGAAUGCCUCGGUGACACCAACGAACAAUAAUAAAACGGAGGGCCAUAAAAUCUCGACCACUACGAUUAAGCAGAAUGUUAAGUUUCAGUGCAGGGCGGAGGAGUUUUACAACGUUUUCUGCACGGUCGAGAUGGUGGAAGCCUUCACGAGCAACCCGGUGAAACUUGAGGCGAAGAAGAACGGCGAGUUCGCGCUUUUCCGCGGUAAUAUUCACGGCGAAUUCUUAGACAUUACGCCGACGAAGAUCGUGCAAAAGUGGCGUUGCAAACAGUGGCCGUCCGAACACUUCAGCGUGGUGACGAUCGAUAUUUGCGAGAAGAACGAUCACACCGAGGUGAAUUUAACGCAGACCGGCGUUCCGGUGAGCGAGGAGCUCUCUACGAAGGAGAAUUGGGACAGGUAUUACUGGGACCCCAUAAAGCGGAUCUUCGGCUUCGGGUACUUCAUGUGAUCUAAGUUCACUCUAAUGGAUAUUUAUUUAUUGCUAAGUAGAAUAAUCGCGGGGGACCCGCGUGCAACCGCACGCGGUCGCGCGAGCGCUGCUUGACUUCUGCGGGAGCAUAGAAGAAACUAUGGCGCGAUGGGAAGGAAGCGUACAUACAGUGCAGAUUCACUCUGUUCCCUCUUCGUAUGUUUGGUAUCGCCUUAAAAAUUGAAAUUAACGUCGCCGUGGUGCCGCGCGACACUCAAUCACAAGUGACUUGUAUGACUCUACCCCUAUUAGAUGUGUCUAAUAAAUAAGAUAAGAUCGAGACGAUUUUCUGUUCUUUGCGUAUGAGAAUGACCGAUGUAUUUAGCAAUUCGCAACGACGUCAACUCAGAUGAACGGUCGAGUAAACAUUUAUAGCUGCCGUGAGCACCGCGUGUUCCUUCAUUAAAAAAAAAAAACACAAUGAACAUGAACCAAUAACGCAAUCAGUCUUCUCAUAAAAAGGAACGGACAUUCUUUUAUAUAAUAAAAUAAUAAAGUCGUUUUUCAUCGC